GGAGGCGUCCGCGCUUGUGCCGUGCGAUUGGGAGAGAGGGGCCGAGGGAGCCGGGCCGGGCCGGGCCGGGCCGUGCGUGCGCGCUGCACGAAAAUGCACUCGGAUGGCGCCGCUGUCAAACGGUUCUGCUUAGUAUUGUUUGACUAGCAAAAAUGGAACUUAAUUGAGCACUUAAUACAGAAAAAAAUGUAGCGCCCUGUUCAAGAUGCAAGAUCUUCCUACCAUGGCGUGAUUUUCAACUGAAUUCUCACCUAUCAACGCUGGCAAAUAUUCACAAGAUUUACCACACCCUCAAUAGGCUGAAUCUGACAGAGGACGUUGGUCAAGACGAUCACCAGACAGGCUUUUGGCUGAUGGUGGCUUAUUCAGCAGCCAUUUGGAGGCUCUACCUUGCAAAUGCUAGCUUCAAGUGUCAAAAAAAGUGAGAACUAGGAGGGUUCUGCCAAUCUUGAGUUGAGACCCAGGAGUAAGAAACUUUGAAGAUAAUCACAUCAGAGAAGCUGCGCUCGGAGAGAGACUUUCAAAGAUACGAAGAAUAGGAAGUCUCCGGUCUUGCAGUUCAUCAGACUGCUUUAGUAAAGUGAUGCCUCCAAGGAAAAAGAGGAGACCUGCAGCAGGAGAUGAUUUAUCUGCUAAGAAAAGUAGACAUGAUGGUAUGUAUAGAAAAUAUGAUUCGACUAGAAUAAAAGCAGAAGAAGAAGUCUUUUCAAGUAAGAGAUGCUUAGAAUGGUUCUAUGAAUAUGCAGGCACUGAUGACGUUGUAGGGCCUGAAGGAAUGGAGAAAUUUUGUGAAGACAUUGGAGUAGAACCAGAAAAUGUUGUUAUGCUUGUAUUAGCGUGGAAGUUGGAUGCACAAAACAUGGGCUACUUUACAUUACAAGAAUGGUUAAAAGGAAUGACAUCGCUACAAUGUGAUACUACAGAAAAACUGAGAAAUUCUCUGGAUUACUUGAGAUCUUUAUUAAAUGAGCCUACCAAUUUUAAACUUAUUUAUAGAUAUGCAUUUGACUUUGCACGGGAAAAGGACCAGCGCAGCCUAGACAUAAACACUGCCAAGUGUAUGUUGGGCCUUCUUUUAGGAAAAACAUGGUCUCUUUUUCCAGUAUUUCACCAGUUUCUAGAGCAAUCAAAAUACAAAGUUAUCAAUAAGGACCAAUGGUGUAAUGUUCUUGAAUUCAGCAGAACAAUUAACCUUGACCUCAGUAAUUAUGAUGAAGAUGGAGCCUGGCCAGUAUUGUUGGAUGAGUUUGUGGAAUGGUAUAAAGGAAAACAGAUGACGUAGGAGUUUAACUAUGCACAGCCACUCAAGAGUCACUGUUACCACAGUUAUGUCAACCAUUAGCCAUAAACUGCUAUUUGUAUCAAAGUGCAUGCUGCUUUUCUUGCACUGCGUUCCUUUUGCAGGGAACUUUUGAUGUUUGCUAUUUAACAAGCUAGCUAUGCUUGCUGUGUAGCAUUGUUCUCUUUGAAGGCUGCUUUGCAUUUUGUAUUUACACUACAGAUUGGUGAACUUGCCAGCGUCUUCACUGUGAUUAUGUGUAUAUUGCUGUCUAAAUUUUGUAUAUGUGUAUAAAAAAAAGCUUCAACUAGGGAUUAUUUCUGCAGAAAUGUAUUGUAAAAAUAAUUUUGUGGCAUAUUUCUAGUCAUCACUUACAUGUUGAAACUUUAGUUCUUUUGCUUUUCUUUUGGUCUCAAAUGUAGCAUUUCAGAAAAUGAAAUGAAUAGACUGCUUGGACAUAGUUACGCUGAAGAACUAUUGUCAAUUUUAAUGUUACUGUUUGAGAUGCCAUUUUCUGAGGGGAGAAGACAUGCUGUGACUUUCUUCACGGGAAUUCGCCAAACAUAACCUAUUGCUUAAUAGGAGUGAAACGGUGGUGUCUUAAAAAAAAAAAUCGUAUAUAUAUAUAAAUAUUAAAACACUGUAAUAGUUGUAUAUGCCACAGAUGAUUUCCAUUUGAAGAAAAAAGUGACUUUUUAAUGUUAAAAUUGCAGUAAUCAUUACAGGUACAAAUGAACAAAUUAAAGUACCUUUUAAAAAUGGG